ACUACAUUUCCCAGAGCCCUCCGCGCUCCCCGGCGCCACGUGUCCGGAAAGCAGCGUCGAGCAGAUAGAACCUGGAGCGGAGCUGGGGCUGCAGGAGAGGUGCUGCGGUCAUGGCGGAGCCAGCCGGGACCAGCCGGAUCCUGGUGACGGGGGGCUCCGGGCUGGUGGGGAAAGCCAUCGAGAAGGUGGUGGCCGAGGGAGCCGGCCGGCCUGGAGAGGAGUGGAUCUUUGUGUCAUCCAAGGACGCAGACCUCGCAGAUGCGGGCCAAACCAGAGCCUUGUUUGAGAAGCACCGGCCAACUCACGUCAUCCACCUGGCAGCCAUGGUGGGAGGCCUCUUCCGGAACAUCAAGUACAACCUGGAUUUCUGGAGGAAAAACGUCCACAUCAACGACAACGUCCUCCAUUCCGCCUACGAGGUGGGAGUCCAGAAGGUGGUGUCUUGCCUCUCCACUUGCAUCUUCCCUGACAAGACCACGUACCCCAUCGACGAGACGAUGAUCCACAAUGGCCCGCCCCACAGCAGCAACUUCGGCUACUCGUAUGCCAAGAGAAUGAUCGACGUGCAGAACAGGGGUUACUUCCAGCAGCACGGCUGCCGCUUCACCGCCGUCAUCCCCACCAAUGUCUUCGGGCCCCAUGACAACUUCAACAUCGAAGACGGCCACGUGCUUCCAGGCCUCAUCCACAAGACCUACUUGGCCCAGCGGGAUGGUACAGCGCUGACCAUCUGGGGCACAGGAAAACCCCGCAGGCAGUUCAUCUACUCCCUGGAUUUGGCCCGCCUUUUCCUCUGGGUCCUGCGGGAGUACGACGAAGUGGAGCCCAUCAUCCUGUCAGUUGGCGAGGAGGAUGAAGUGUCCAUCAAGGAGGCAGCAGAGAUCAUCGUAGAGGCCAUGGGCUUCAAGGGGGAGCUCACUUUCGACACCUCCAAGUCCGAUGGGCAGUUUAAGAAAACCGCCAGCAACAGCAAGCUGAGGCGGUAUCUCCCGGAUUUCCAGUUCACCCCGUUCAAACAAGCUGUGACAGAAACCUGCGCGUGGUUCAACGCCAACUAUGGGCAAGCUCGGAAGUGAACCCCUCACCGAGGCCGUCCCCCCCGCCUCAGCUUCUCCUCUAAAGCCCCCGCGCUGCCGCUCUGGCCAGUGCCAAGAAACGGGCUUCAGGCUGGAGGCCAGGGUUGUGGGUGGCCCUAGUUUUUCUUAGAGAUUCACAGGGUUGGAGAAUGGGUCGGGUGAAGCUGCUGCCAGGGUUGAGGACGGCCGCCCUCGGCCAGCGGCAGAUUUCGGGAGAGGGGCUUUUCCGCGAUCGGAGGUGGGAGGCUGGAGGCAGGGCGUUGGUUACCCCGGGGCUACUCCGGCUGGAACUGGAACAAAGGUUUUCCUACCCAUUUUGCAGCAGGCUGCAGCCUGCAGCUGGGCAGAACCCUUCCUAUGUACUCUGACGGCCUCCCCUCAGACCCCCCUACUCCUCCUCCCUCGUCCUGGGGGGACGACUGUGCCUGGCUCGUGCGUACUUUUGGGGGUGGGAGCCCAAGCACCUGAGCCAGGACUGAUCCUCUCAGGACCGAUGGCAGGGUUCGCUCCAUCCCCCAAGUUUGGAAUCGUGUAUUCCAUCCUUACCUCUGUAGGAGACUCCUGUCUGAACCCUCCUCCUUCCCCAUCCGUACUCUUGGGCUACCUGGAUUCUUUGUUCUGUUUUUUUAAUCACUUGAGCCCCUUUGGAGAUUGAAAUAAAUUGCAUUUUCACAGGCUG